UUCCCAGCACACGCAUAUCAAAACGUCAAAGCAAAUGGUGAUAGUGAAAAUGCUGAACGCCGAUAUCUGGAAAUCGUGGGAAAGAAGUGGAAAAAUCGAAUUCUUGAAACAAUGUAAGGCUAUGCUGAAGGAGGACACCAGCCCUCUGUUCGCUAAGAAUGAUCGAAAACUGGGCAUUUCACGGGCCAUAUAUGAGCUGGUGUCUCGUGGUAUUCGGGGCCAAAUCAAGAAGGAAAGUGCCCUCACAAUGCUGGGAGACCUGGCCAAUGUACACAGUGACAUUCCGUCGAUAAUGUUGGAUAUAUUCAGUAUUCUGGAUGCGGAAACGGCCACUGGAGCCGGAAGUACCAGUAACGGCGGGGAUGCUUCCAGCGAGGAGCGAAACGCGUUCUGCUAUAUAGUGAAAGAGACUGAACGGUUUCUGUCGGAAAAAUUGCUGAAAGAACGGCUGGAAAUCGACACACUGCAGGAUGUGGGGACGAUAAAGAACCGUAGCUUUUAUACCAAGUUUAUCAAAGUGAAAACAAAGCUUUACUAUAAACAACGUCGUUUCAAUCUCUUCCGUGAGGAGAGCGAAGGUUACGCUAAAUUGAUUACAGAACUGAAUCAAGAUUUCACCGACACGAUAACAGUUCAGAGCAUUUUGGAGAUAAUUAAGUCCCUGAUAGGCUGUUUUAAUUUGGAUCCUAAUAGAGUGCUAGAUAUAAUUUUAGAAUCAUUCGAAACUCGCCCGGAGCACGAUAAAAUCUUCAUCCCACUCCUUCAGGCAUACAUAAACGACGGUAAUAUAAUUUGCGAGGUGCUAGGAUACAAGUACCGUCACUUUGCGGACAGUAAAACCCCAGAAUCAUUGUUCAAAGUGACGGCGCUAUUGUUGCAACACGGUGUCAUCAAACUAGAUGAUAUAUAUGCUUGGUUGAGCCCAACAGAUAAAUCCAUCAUCACCGAGUGGGAAGCGGAAGUUGCCGAUGCAAAAGAAUUUGUUCGCAAACUGAACGUAGUGUCCACGAACAAAGACAAAGAGCAAGAAGCGGAACCGGAAAAGGAGAUGACUCCGGAGCAGUAUGCCACCAAUCAGAAGUGGGGUCUUUGUGAAGCUCUUCUGUUCGUUGGUGAUUGGAACACAGCGCAGUUAUUACUCAAAAAGCUUCCGGAACAAUCGGUUAUGGUGAAUGAGCCUAUCGCAAGGGCUCUGUGUCGGCUGCUGCACAUGAUUAUUGAACCAGUUUAUCGUCUCAAAUGCGCUCUUCCCUGUAACAUCAAAGGACGGCCGAUAAGUAAUGGGCUCAGUAAGCUGGCUCCACCGCCAGUGACCACUAUCUCGAAGCUCCGUAAUCACGCAUUUCCAAUGUUCAUCGCGUUAGGUCCAUCUCUUUAUUACGACUCUGUAUUACUGUACAAACUUUUGCGUUUAGUACGUGUUAUACUGACGGAAAUGAAUGUAGAUCCAGCCAAUCCUCCAUCACCGGGCGCGGAAAAUGAGCAGCUCUACUACGACGUGAUUAGUUUACUGGAUUCCGCAAUUCUUCCAUCUCUUUCCUAUAUGGACUGCAACUGUUGUGUGGCAGAGGAAAUAUGGUCGAUUAUAAAGCUAUAUCCCUACCAGUAUCGCUACAGUUUGUACGCUCGAUGGAAGAAUGAUACCUACCAGCUGCAGCCCAAGUUAAUCCGUCGUCGGGGGAAUGCCCAGAAGCAAAUCAAAGCACUGAUGAAGCGUGUUAGCAAAGAGAACAGUAAACCUGUUGGGAGGUUGAUCGGAAAGCUGAGCCACUGCUCACCCGGGUUUUUGUUCGAUUACAUUCUCCUACAAAUCCAAAUAUAUGACAAUCUAAUUACCCCUGUGGUUGACUCGUUAAAAUACCUUACCUCGCUGUCGUACGACGUUCUCGGGUAUUGCCUAAUCGAAUCCCUGGAGCAAGUGGACCGCAAUCCCAUGCAAAACGAUGGCACAUCGAUCUCGCUCUGGCUGCAGAGUUUGGCCAAUUUCUGUGGGGCCAUCUACAAGAAGUACAACAUCGAGCUCAGUGGACUGCUGCAGUACGUGGCGAAUCAGCUGAAGGCGCACAAGAGCUUGGAUUUGUUGAUUCUGAAGGAAGUGGUCCAAAAGAUGACCGGCAUUGAAGCCGCCGAGGAAAUGACUGCUGAACAAAUCAGUGCCAUGUGUGGCGGAGAGCUGCUGCGAGGAGAGGCCGGAUACUUCAGUCAGGUACGUAACACCAAGAAAUCCUCACAACGUCUGAAAGAAGCUCUCGCAAGCAACGAUUUGGCCGUUGCUCUUUGUUUACUGAUCGCACAGCAGAAGCACUGCGUUAUCUAUCGGGAAACGGCCUCGAGCCACUUGAAAUUGGUGGGCAAACUCUACGACCAGUGCCAGGACACGUUGGUCCAGUUCGGUACGUUUCUCGGUUCGACCUAUUCGGUGGAAGAAUACGUUGAACGGUUACCCACGAUCCACAGUAUGCUGCAGGAGUACCACAUCCACUCGGAUGUCGCAUUCUUCCUCGCGCGUCCGAUGUUCUCCCACGCAAUCAGUCAAAAAUACGACCAACUUCGUAAGACCGAUCAGAACCCCAAGAAACUGUCAACCUCACAAAAAAUGGCCAAAUAUUUGGAGGCAACAGCUUUCGUCAUGAAUCCUGUGAUCGAGUCCGUUCGACCUCUCCAUCCUCCCAAAGUUUGGGAAGAUAUCAGUCCACAGUUCUUGGUCACAUUCUGGUCGCUGAGUAUGUACGACCUUCAAGUGCCAUCGGAAAGCUACCAACGUGAAACCAACAAACUGAAGCAACUGUCGCUUGCCGCUAUGGAUUCCAAAGAGCAGAACGCAUCCAAGAACAAAAAGGAACAAGAGCGUCACGUUGCCCUAAUGGAAAAGCUGCAGGACGAACGGAAAAAGCAGCAAGAGCACGUUGACAAAAUUAUGCAUCGCUUGACGAGCGAGAAGGAUUCAUGGUUCUUGUCGCGUUCCGCUAAAUCGGCAAAAAAUGAAACCAUAACGCAAUUUCUACAGUUGUGUCUGUUCCCGCGUUGCACCUUCACCGCCCUGGAUGCAAUCUAUUGCGCCAAAUUUGUGCACACCAUCCACAGUUUGAAGACGGCAAACUUUUCGACCCUUCUCUGCUACGAUCGGAUUUUUUGCGACAUCACGUAUUCCGUGACAUCCUGCACUGAGAAUGAAGCCACCCGUUAUGGGCGCUUCCUGUGCGCCAUGCUGGAGACUGUAAUGCGCUGGCAUGCAGAUCAGAACACCUUCAACAGGGAGUGCUCAAAUUAUCCCGGUUUCGUGACCAAAUUUCGCGUCAGCAAUCAGUUCUCGGAAGCGAACGAUCACGUGAACUACGAAAACUAUCGUCACGUGUGCCACAAGUGGCACUACAAAAUCACCAAAGCGAUGGUGUUCUGUCUAGACUCGAAGGACUACAUGCAGAUUCGCAACUCGCUAAUCAUUCUGAUGCGAAUCCUGCCCCACUUCCCGGUGCUUGCCAAGUUGGCCCAGAUUAUCGAGAAGAAGGUGGAAAAAGUACGUGAGGAGGAGAAGAACCAACGGCAGGAUUUGUUCGUUCUCGCUUCGAGCUAUAUCGGCCAGUUGAAGGCGAAAUCCGGCCAAAUGAUGCGCGAGAAUGACUUCCACCAGGUUUCUGAGAAACCGGUCAAAGUAGAGCAGCAGGACUCGAAAACGAUGAACGGGGAUAGCAAAGUCGAACGCAAAGAAAUGAAGUCGGAGAAGAAAACGAUUACGUCCAAUAGCUCCACGUCAAGUUUGUCAUCGAAACAACAGCAGCAACAAAGUUUGAACACAUCGCAAGGUUCGAGCAAUGUUCUGAACAGCAGCGCUAGUAAUAAUGCGGAUAUCAAAAUCAUCGAGCGCGAGAUAAAGAAGGAAACCCCGGUCAGAGAAUCAACGCGGGAUUCAUCCAUUAGCAGCUCGAAAGAGAAAUCAUCGAAGGAGAUCAAACGGGAAGAGCGCGCUCGGGAGAAAGAACGUGAGCGGGAGGAAGCAAACGCCGAACGGAAACGGGAAAAGGACAAGGAGAAACGCAGGGAUAAAACUAGGGCCGCACUAGCAGCCGCGGCCGCCGUAGAGUACGAGAUACAGCUACAGCAGCAACAACAGCAGCAGCAGCAGCACAACAGCGAGCGAGAGUCACGUGCCAGUGAGAGGGACAGAGAACGGGAUCGAGCCGAACGGGACCUGAGUUCAGUUUCGAACUCCAGCAACGAGCAUCGACGCAGCCAAGAUCCACCGGAACAUGAUAGAGAAGUGAAACGUCGCAAACUGGAAAGUGCCAGCUCCAAGAAUAAACACGACGACAUCAACGCCCUCCAGUCAUCAUCCUCGACCGAGUCCAAGAAGGAACGCAGCGGCAAAGGAAAGGACAAACGGGAUAAAACCGACGAGGAGAAGGAACUGCGCAAGGAGCGCAAGCUGGGACGAAAAAGGACUUCUUUGGGUACACCGCAGGAUAGAGCCGAGGAAAUAAUGCUCGCCGAGAAGCGCCGCCGGGAGGAGGAAAAGGCGGCGAAACUACAUCUCCAAAAUGGUGAAGAUGAGCUCACUCCAUCCCACCGGGAGAAGCACCACCAUUUGAGGGAAAAGUCCCCUCCAUACAGUGGCCGGGAUCAUCGGGAGCGAUCGCACGAUCGUAUUGAUCGCAGUGAGAAACAAUACGUAACGAAGUCUUCACGCACAAGAUCCGGUUACUAAAUAAUGCGCCAGAAGUGAAUAACCAACUUUUGCGCAUUAAACUAUUUCUUAUUUCAUCUGUUGCCGGGUCAUUUGCUGGAAUCAUUUUUUCUAGCUCACAUAUUCAGUUAAUUUUUUUGACAUUCUCAGUACAAAGCACUCAUAUGUAAACAAUAGAAACCAGCAUAUUAACAACA